GCAUAGCCUAAUCCACCUUGUAUGUAGGAGACCAUUGGAUUUCACAAGCCAAAAAGGGUCUCCCCCUCUAAUUUCUCUUAUGGGAUUCUCACUUUGAAACUCAUUUUCUUUCCUUUUCCUCUUCUCCAAAGGAAGUUGGUGAAAUUUCCGGCAAAAAUUAUUUUCGGGUUAAAUCUUGGCCGGAAUUUCACUGCUUUGAUAAGAGAAAGAUGAGUUCAAGUGAUGAUGAGAGUGCUUCAGGGCCGGACUCUCAAUCUUCACCUGCCGCUCCAUCGCCGGAUUCUUCGUCUUCGUCUUCACCUGAUCCACCCUCAUCGUCGCCGCCCUCACCGCCAUCGCCAUCUCCACCAUCUCCCGAUGCCAAUUCCGAUACCUCUCCUCCACCAUCUCCAGAAAACGAUGAUUCCUCACCACCACCACCCACAUCAGAUAAUUCUCCAUCUCCAAAGUCCCCAUCCGAUGGUUCUUCCGAUGAUCACAAAUCCCAUCCAGCUCCAAAAGAGGGUGGUAGCAGUCCACUGACGUCACCCGCUGCUCAUUCUCCUCCAUCCCGAUCUUCGUCAGCGGGGGACGAAUUUUCUCCACCAGCUCUGCCGGAAGGAAAGGCAUCACCAAGAUCGCCAGCUAAACAACAAGGAACACCGUCCUCUGAGAAGGAUUCAUCGCCAUCGGAAAUCAACCCGGGGAUUAUAAUUGGAGUGGCAGUGGGAGUGGGGGUUUUCAUAAUUGUUCUCAUAUCAGUAAUUGCAGUUUGUUCAAAGAAGAAGAAGAGAAAGAGAGAUCCUAUGCCAUAUUAUGGAGAUCAUGGUCAUGGAGGACCUAAAGGUGGUGACUAUUACAACAGUUCACUACAGCAACAACAAAACUGGCACAACGGCAUGCACGGUCCCGGGACGGAUCAAUUUGGGAGGCCACCAGUAUCGGGGUCUCCGGCCGGGACUGGGUGGCCAAUGAGCGGCGAGAACAUGACGACAGGUAGCUCCUAUGCAGGGCCUCCUCUUCCUCCACCAUCACCAUCGAUUGCUUUUGGGUUCAACAAGAGCACGUUCACGUACGACGAACUCGCUGCAGCAACAGGUGGGUUUGCUCAUGGAAACCUACUCGGGCAGGGUGGGUUCGGUUAUGUGCACAAGGGGGUACUGCCCAAUGGGAAGGAAGUGGCAGUGAAAAGCUUGAAGGUGGGCAGUGGGCAGGGUGAGAGGGAGUUCAUGGCUGAAGUUGAGAUUAUUAGUAGAGUCCAUCAUCGGCAUUUGGUGUCUUUGGUUGGGUUUUGCAUUGCUGGUGGACAAAGAAUGUUGGUCUAUGAGUUCGUUCCUAACAAUACAAUGGAGCAUCAUCUUCAUGCCAAAGGUCUUCCAGUAAUGGAUUGGCCCGCUAGACUUCGCAUUGCCAUAGGUUCUGCCAAGGGACUUGCUUAUCUUCACGAAGAUUGUCAUCCAAAGAUUAUUCAUCGAGAUAUCAAGUCAGCUAAUAUUCUGAUCGAUGCCAAUUUUGAAGCUAUGGUGGCUGAUUUUGGAUUGGCUAAGUUGUCUACGGAUAAUCACACACACGUCUCAACUAGAGUCAUGGGUACAUUCGGGUAUUUGGCACCAGAAUACGCAUCAAGCGGAAAGCUAACAGAAAAGUCUGACGUGUUCUCAUUUGGUGUAAUGUUGUUGGAACUCAUUACAGGAAAACGUCCUGUAGAUCCUACACAUACGAUGGAGGAUAGCUUAGUUGAUUGGGCUCGACCACUAAUGACUCGAGCAUUAAUGGAAGGGAUAUACGACGAGUUGGUGGAUAUACGUUUGGAGAGAGAGUUCAACACACAAGAAAUGGCUCGAAUGGUGGCUUGUGCUGCAGCCUCCAUACGCCACUCGGCUAGAAAACGCCCAAAAAUGAGCCAAGUGGUUCGAGCUUUAGAAGGAGAUGUCUCACUGGACGACUUAAACGAAGGCACGAGACCAGGCCAAAGCUCCAUCUUUAGCGCCACUAGCUCCGACUACGAUUCUAGCGCCUACCAUGCUGACAUGUCGAAAUUUAGGAAGAUCGCUUUGUCCGACGACAGCAGUGAACUUGCAACUUCAAGCAACGAUUCCCGAGAAAUGAACCAUCCCGGCCCCGGGACCCAAAGGCCGCUCUUUUAAUCUUUUUUUUUUUGUCACUAAUAUAUUUAUCAAAAUUCAAGUUUGUUUAAUUACAUAGGAAAAGGGGGAAACAAAAAAGGAUAAAUAUAUGAGUUUGUUUUAAUUUCUAUGGUCGAUUGAAAACUGUGAUGUGGUGAUCGUGGCAAAUAACCAAGAAGGAUAUGGAUCAAAUGUGGUUUUAUUAAA